GCGAGGGCGCUGGACGUCAGUCUACUGGCGUCUGUGUGCAGUAGCUGCUCGCUUUCAGUCUGCAGCCGACACAUGGCAAUCUCAGACAGCGGUAGGUGAUGUGCUAUGUUAUGCAAGGAACAUGAAUGGUGACAAUAAGAAAAAAUUGGAGUCUGAGUCCAGCUCCAGUCCGAGCCUUUGGUCCAGAUUACGAUCAGCCCUUGGACAUGUCGGAUUAUUUCUGACACUUAUGAUUUACACGGCUGUUGGAGGAAUGGUAUUCAAUGAACUGGAAUCCCCAGCCGAGGUGUCAUUGCUGCAAGAGCUGCAGACAAGCGUUCUCAAGGAACGACGGUUUUUGAUACACACCAUAGUGAACCACACAAUCAACUCGGGGCACGAUCAUAGCGAACAGUUUCAUAACUUAACAUCGUUCGUUUCCCAUAAGCUUGGCGAAUAUGAGGAAGUGGUUCAGGAGGCCGUGAGGGGCGGCGUCACAUUGCCACUGAAUCCAAACACUCCAGUUCCAAUGCCGGCUAGAUGGAACUUCCUGCAAGCCGUGUUCUUUGCCUCAACCGUCCUGACAACUAUAGGUUACGGUAACAUCGUUCCUGCGACAUUCGGGGGACGGGCGUUCUGCAUUCUGUUUGCGCUGGUAGGUAUACCUCUGACGCUGAGCGUCAUAGCAUCAAUGGGCCACAUCUUCGCGACAGCCGUGUCAUCUCUGCACGCACGCAUGAGGAAGCACCUUCCGCCUGCGCCCGCCGUCUUUCUGAGUGUCAACACAGCGGCGCGUCGGUCCCUCACCGCAGCUGCCGCAGUCGUGUUCCUCUUCCUGUAUCUAGCAGCGGGUGCUGGGCUCUUCAUGCUCUGGGAGGAGGACUGGAGCUUUUUCGAGGGUUUCUACUUUUGCUUCGUCACCAUGACUACCAUAGGCUUCGGUGACCUUGUGCCAAAGAAACCCAAGUACAUGCUGCUGUGCACGCUGUAUAUCCUGGUGGGGCUGGCCCUCACGUCUACCAUCAUUGAGCUGGUGAGGAGACAAUAUGCCCAGUCCUGGCGCAGGCUGCAGGCUCUCUCAGGGCCUCUGGCUGACACUCUCAGACGGCUCGGCGAAAGCGCUGGGGGCGGUAUAGAUGUCACAGCCCUGCAGAAGAUGCUUACUAUAGUCAGCGUUCCCCGGCGGGUGCAGUCUGGCGAAUCGGGCGCUAAGGAGCGCCGAGAGUGGGAAGAAGCGAUGGCAGCAGUCCUGAGGGACAUUGCAUCGAGUCCAAAGAAGCAACCCCCACCUGUCGUGCAGAUAGUGAUCUACGAGUCCUCGGUGUGAUGCCAGAUGACUACCACAUUAUCGUCGAAUUCCUCAGUACGCGUACACUGACAGGAUGGGUGUGCAAUGCGGAAAAUAUGCUCGGGAUGGACUGGAAUAUUUUCGAAUUGUGUAUGCUGCACGGAUUCUAAUCCUAAAUACAGUUUAUUCUUUGUUAUCCUAAAGGGCCUGUAGUAGGAACCCCUUCAAGCGACGGCAGAACUGAAGAGGACAUCGAUGGGAGUCAGAAGUGCGCCCAGAAAGUAACACUCACUUUUGUCAGUCUGAAGCAGAAUGUCGAGUGUGACGGAAGCAGCAUGCAACUCGGCAUGUCAUAGAAGUCGCUAUCAAACUUUUGCUUCCUGAUUUUAUAGGUGUAUCAUAAAUCAUUUACAUCCAUUCUUAUAUUAUCCAGAAAUGAUCCUCAAAGGUCUUUGUUCCCGAAGCCAAGAUGAAAAGCCAUAUUGAAACCUAUUUUGGUCUCAGAACAUUUCGGACAUCAUUUGUGAACUAAGUUAUGGCAAGGACCUCCAAAAAAAGGCAUCGAGAUUGAACGAGAUUCUUUGAUGAUUUUAACACGAUUCUAAAACACGGCGAUAUUUUGUUGUUGUGUUAAUGUGCAGGCUAUCAGAGUUGACGGUCAAGGAACGCUCCUUAUGAGGGAAAGGAAAUUGAGAUUUGUACUAAGAACUGCAAGAAACUAACUAAUUUUGUUAUAUGAACUGUAGCAUGAGCCAAAAACUUUCAGUCUAGUCUUCUGCUAAACAAGAAGCUUAUCUGACUAUUGGGCAGAAUGUACAGUAUAUUGCAGACAUUUGAACGCACGGUUCCCAUCUGUACGCGAAUUCUGGCACACUGCACCAUGACUGGAACUUUCCGGGAUCAAAGAAUAAUUACUAGGUCCCCUUCUGGUUCUGAAAAACGGGGAAGGGAGGUUAAUGAACAUAAGUCUACUUUCCGACUGUGAGUAAUUGCAUUAACACGACGUCAUAACACAAAUUAAUCAUCAUUCUUUAAGAUUACAAAUUGUUUUGCACCCUGCCAGGCCAUAUCAUCGAGCUUUUGAUACGCCUGUGCUUACCUGAGUCUUUAAAUAAUUAAUAAAUUAUUCAGUGACACUGUUUAUAUUACGAAGACAAAGCGAGUAUAUUGAAUCAUCAGUUGGUAACGAUUUGGAAGGAAUCGAUCACAGCCAACUUGAAAAUACUAUCCAGGAAUUCGCCUGAGCAAAAUCACUAAACUUCUGUCUUCACAGCCGGAAUAGAGAACAGACGUUUCCUUCCGGUUUUUUGUAGGUUACGGGAGGGGUCGUUAGCAUUUCUGUAAUACAGCUAGAAGUCUUUAAUAUAUAGCGGCUACCAUUUGAAUCCACCGAAAACAGAAGAGUGUUAAACAAGAUUAUCACUAAUUUCGCAUCUGUCAUUGUCACAUUAAGACGUGUUACGAAACAUUGUUUCACCUACUUUCACAUGCCUACGUAAAAAAUAAUAUGUUAUUUUCCUAGAAAGCAUCAUUAAUGGUUAUAAUGUGAAACCUAAACAUUUAUAGCUAAUCUGCCCUAAUCCCUUCAUACAAUAGAAAACAUCACUUGCUUUGAAACCUUGUAAGAACAAAGAAGAUAUUAUUAUAAAUAUUUUAACAUACUCGCUACUGCCAAAAUCCCUUUCGAAAGCAUUUGCCUGUAAGAAUAAUUUCCCUACAGAUGACGGGGCUUUAAAAACUGUAAAAAUUCUAUGGGUGAUGAUUCCCCCAAAUAGCUGUCACUUGUUAUAUUUGGAACUGACGGUCUCUUGGUUAGGGCACUAACCAAGCAGAAAACAGGUCCAGAGUUCAAGCCUCUAAACGUCGUGCAGGCUUAUAUAAAAGUGCUUCGAUCUAUAUUCCCGGCAAUUUUGAAUAUAAUACUGAGUAACCAACAGUAUCUGUUCUAAAAGAUCCAUAUUAUCAAAUUGCAAUUCUCGUGCAAACAUUUAUGAAUUUCAGAAUUUGAGGACCAACGUAUUAAGAUUCAUAUAUUGAAUUAAAUGAACGUUUGUUUUAUUGAAAUGUAAGAAAUUAAUUACACUGAAAGUUGAAGCGCAAUUUUUUUAACUACUUCGACGAAACUUUUGCUUGAUUUCUUAAUUUCAGUAGAGCCAGCAUGUACAGAGUUUCAUCAGGCUGAAGAGAAGCACUGCUGUAAACACACAAAUUGAAGAACAAACGCACGUUUCUAGUAUUAUAAUCGCAACAAAAUGUUGUAGAGUCCGCUUUCUCGUAGUUCAGUCUGACAGAUCCAUUUUUGCUCUAUUAUUGAACAUUUCACACAGAAUAAGCGAAACUUAUUUUCAAGAAAUUACCUACCAUAUAUCGCCAAUUAUUCCCCUGGUAAAUAAUGUAGCGAAUAUACGAAGGAUGUCCGGGAAGUAAAGAUACGAAGUCCAGAAAAUAUUUGCAAAGCGUUUAUUUAGGGAUUCAAUUGUAGCGCUUUUACAAUAUACCUUUAUUUCCUUUUGAACAUAGUCACCAUUGAUCGCGAUGCGCUUAGUGGGUCUGGGAAAGAGAUUUUUAUUCCAGCGUCGUAGAAAUUUCCCGCCUGCUCUCUUAGAACCUGAGAACAUUUCUUGACACUUCUGGACAUUGCUCUUCAAGUUAUCGAUGGUUAAACCUCUGUCAGCACAAAGGUUUUCAUCAAAUUUUCUACGAUUUCAUCAGUGACGAUGGAUGACCUUCAACUCCUUAUUUUAUCUUGAAUAUCACUUCUUACCUCUUCAAAUUCAUGAUAAAAUUUUGUCACGUUUUGCCUGUUCAUAACAUCUUCAGCGUAAACAGAAACAAGUUGGCGAUGAAUUUCAGCAGCAGUUUCCCAUUUCUCAUGAAGAAUUCGAAUUACUGCACGAACCUCACAUUUGGCGGGAUUUUGAAUUGACACAGCCAUUUUAAACACACACUGCGAGCAAAACGUUGCCGUGACUGUGGCCGUGAACUUAGCCUUGUCAUACGUUUCCUAUCUCACACGGAAGUAUGCCAUUUCUGAGGAAUAAAAAUCCCUUGCACUUUUACUGGAUUGGUAUCUUUACUUUCCGAAUGUCCCUCGUAGUUACUACAGACCUCUUGCCCAUGUACAAUAUAAUAUUUGUGUAAUAAAAUUCGUAUAUCAAGAAACGCUUAUCAUUAUAUAAAGACCUCAAAUUCAUAUCUUUGAUACCAUAUUUCCUUCUUUUUUUUAAUUGAGGCAUAGGCAUGCCACACCCUACCUCGUAUUCAGCCCGCAUGAGGUUUUCUUCGAUUUACAGACGUUUCUGUUUCGAUUGACCUUCCAAGCCUUGUCGCUUUCUGCUAAUUACUAUAAUAUUAACAGGCGAUAAAACAGUGUUAAACAUCUUGUGUUCCUCAGUUUCCAGCAAAUUAGUCGCCAGUCAGCAAGGCUGGGAAUAGUCUUUGGCGCCAGUAGAGAUCACCUACUUAAUUGCAGAACUUCUUUGCAAAGAAGCUAUGGCCUUCGCUUUGAGACGUCAUAACAAUUCGUGUUGUUCAUUCUUCGGAUUAAUUUGAUGAUCUGGUGUGUCUGCUUAGAAAGUAAUAGACAUUUCCACCCUUGCCAGUCACUCACUGUAAACUAUUUUAAGUCGCCUAGUCACACUCUCCGUCAUUCAUUCGUGCAGCCAUGCAAUCAGUCAAAUAGUUGCGUUUACUUUACUUUUAUUUUUAGUUAUUUUAUUCCGGUUUUAGUUUGAGGUCAGCUACAACCAGACGCUCAAUCAAAGCGACCGUCUCUCUCUAUAUACAGAUGUUCAGUAUUUAUUCAUUUGACGAGAAAUUACAGGUAAAGUAACCGGGCCUGUUCUAAAUAGAACUUCAUCACCGUUGACAAAAGAGGGCCGUGACCACAGAGAGUGAUGAUGGAACCAAGAGAGGGCCAGUUUAUGUUUCUAUGGUGCUGAAAGCGUUACAGGAAGCCAAUGUUUGUAAGCAAAGCGCUCCUGUGAUUGGAUCCAGGGAAAGGAUUAAUUUGGGAACUCCUAGCAUUGGUACUAAAUUACUCGUAAAUGGCGACCUACGAUUCAGAAUCGAUAUCUGUUGGUUUGUAGGAUUUAAACAACGCCGUUCAACUGCUGAAGUUAUUUAUACAAUCAUAUGAGAAGAUGAUUAGGCAUAUUUACUGUGUAGAAGGGAAAAUGGUCCUUGAAAUAUCUUCUUUGUCACCAGCAACCAAGAAAGACUCCAACAACACUUAUGACAGAAAAGUUGUUGCUGUGUUCAGUUCAGCACUUCACCAUGAAGACACGCAUAAGGGAAUUUCCUGUGCCUCAUUAGACCCCUCACCAUGAACACGUAUGGCGAAUGGAAAUACAGUUCCACGAAUUCUUAACCUUGGUACUGGACAGAGGUUAGUGGUCAGUUUCAAGCCUCGGCAGCUUUGCUGUAGUAGCCACUGGGUUGGAGGCUGGGUGGGCUGCGCUGGGAAGAAGAGAACAAUCUCUUACCUCUAAUGGGAAACGAACCCGAUUCCUCGAUUGUACAUCCCGUAACUCAGUUGCUAUAGAGACUAAGCUGAAUAAAUGGUGACCUUGGAAAACAAACAAGGUUUUAAGUACAAACUCGUUUUUCAUUAACAUCACUGUCAUUGUCAUCAACAAAAUACUGACGUAAUAUUUUUCGUUGUAAAUGUUUUGGUGGACAGAGUUCAAUGAUAAGACAUUGUAAAACCGUUUCUGGCCCCGCAAAAAAAAAACACAUUUGAAGUACAGAAAUCAGAAGGCUCAUGGUGCUUAGGGAAAGGUGCUUGGUUUGUUCUGAUAAUCACAUGAACAAAACCCGUAAGCUCUGUUUGGAAAAUGUCUUGUUACUAACAUUACGAGAAACGUUACACAGAAUUACCAGCCUCUUAUGAAAGCAUUAGCAACCCAAAAAGAGAAAGUAAGAUAAUCUAGGGGCAAAAAAAUGUCAAUU